AUGGCACAUCACCACAGAAACCCAUCGAUAGCAUCUUCUACCAAGACUGUCACGCCGACAGACAGCUGGGAGUCGUACUUUGACUCGUGGAGGUUGGAGGAUGGCGACGUGUCCGACAUGGCACCACCCCCUGCGCCCACCAUUAUUGAACCGUUGAUAGUAGAUGACGAACUCUACCACCCGGAGAGCCUCCUGAACGCCCGAAUCCAGCUGGAUCGCAACCUGGGUUUGGAUCUGGACAGGGAUUUCCAGGAGUAUCACCACGACUACCAGGACAGGUGCUCGCCCAAGGUGUUUGGGAGAUUAAACGAUGCCAACCCGGCCAACAAACGGCAUGCGAUUUGCGUUUCCAACCGACGGGCAAUGGCAGCGGGAUAUUGUCAAAGCCACAAUCGAAGAGAUCGUCGCCCAGUGACAGUGUCAACACCAAUCGAUACUCGACCUGAUGACGUUGAUCGGACGGCAAAUAUGGGGAGGACCCAGCCUCGUCAGCCAUUCGCGGCAAGGCAGGAGGAGAAUAGCAGAUCUGGCCAUGCGUGCCAUGGCGGCUUUGCGAGGAGGACCCUGCAUCGGCGUCGAUCGGAAUGUCGUUUGGAGAGCUCAAGCACCAAAAGGCCACACAGGGCACUACAGCGCAAGGAACAUUUCAACGGAGGCUUGGGGAACCCACAGCGAGCGGAGCCACCUAACCUCAAGAACUUUAUACGUCAUGGGAAGCAAGCCCGCGUUGCCGACCCUCCCCGCGAUCAUCCCACCACCAACGUCUCUGCAGUUCAUGCUCAACAACAGAAGUAUCACCACGGCGUCAGCGAACCUAUAGGCAACCAUCACAGACAGCAACAGCACCAUCAAGUCCAACCUCAACCUGGUGAAUAUUCCGUCGCCGGCGGCGACAAUCGAAAUGUGGCUGCUCAAGCCGGAGCUGCCGCAGCCCACGCUGCGGGCAAGAACCAGAAGAUCCAGGCAGAUAUCGAAGCCAUUGUUGCCGAGGAGAGGGAGAAGGCCAGCAAGAUGCCCCGCUAUCCUGGUCUGGAACGAUUUAUCCUGGUCGAAAAGAUGGGAGACGGCGCUUUCAGUAACGUCUACAAGGCCAGAGAUACCCAGACCGGAGACGAGGUCGCCAUCAAGGUGGUCCGUAAGUUCGAAAUGAACUCGAAUCAGCGAGCCAAUAUCCUCAAAGAAGUCCAAAUCAUGCGCCAACUGGACCAUCCCAAUAUCGUGAAGCUCAUUGACUUUUCCGAGUCCCGGCAGUACUACUAUAUAGUUCUCGAGCUGUGUCCAGGUGGCGAGUUGUUCCACCAGAUUGUCCGCUUGACCUACUUCAGCGAAGACUUAAGCCGACAUGUCAUUACUCAAGUCGCCAAUGCCCUGCUAUAUCUACAUGAAGAGACCGGUGUGGUCCAUCGUGACAUCAAACCAGAAAAUCUUCUAUUUUAUCCCAUUCCAUUUAUUCCAACUCGCAAUCCCAAACCCAGAGGGCCCGAAGACGAAGAAAAAGCCGAUGAGGGAGAAUUUAUUCCAGGUGUCGGUGCUGGCGGCAUCGGCCAAAUCAAGAUUGCCGAUUUUGGUCUUUCCAAGGUGAUAUGGGACUCUCAAACCAUGACACCUUGCGGUACAGUCGGCUACACUGCCCCUGAGAUUGUCAAGGAUGAACGCUACAGCAAGUCGGUUGAUAUGUGGGCUCUUGGCUGUGUGCUGUACACCCUACUUUGCGGAUUUCCUCCUUUCUAUGAUGAGUCGAUCCAAGUCUUGACGGAAAAGGUCGCCCGGGGUCAAUAUACCUUCCUAUCACCUUGGUGGGACGAUAUUUCGAAAUCAGCACAAGACCUAGUGUCACAUCUUCUGACCGUUAACCCCGACCGUCGCUAUACGAUUCAAGAAUUCUUGAACCAUCCCUGGAUCCGGAAUACUAAUGAGCCCACCUAUGCUGCUGCAGAUGCACCACCUCUCGCAACACCUUUGUAUGUUCGCCAGAAGGAGAUCGCCCAAGCGGGCAACCUCCCUGCUGACUUCCUCACCACACCCAAUACACCGGGAGCAAAGCGAGCAGACUUCCGAUCGCCUGGGGCUGUCAACCUCCGUGAAGUAUUUGACGUUGGUUAUGCCGUACACCGACAGGAGGAAGAAGCCAAGAGGAGAAAGAACUUCAAGCAAGGCUACCGAGGAGCAGGAAUGCCUGGUGGACUAAAUCCUCUAAAUGAAGACGAAGACGACGAGGACGAAGAUUACGAAGAAGAAGUAUCCAGCAAAGUGCCGAAGAAUCAGCAACCAGCCGACGUGUCGAGUAUGGAAGCCAAGAUGCGUCAAACCAAUCUCGGAACGCAACCCUCUGCCGCGGCCCAAGCACGCGCAGCAGCAGCACCUGCCAGAAGCCAACAUCAUAAUACUCAGCAGGAGCAGAGGGGAUAUGGCCAGCAUAGCGCAGCAGUGGCGGCGGCUGCCAAGCAAAGCGUUGGGCGGCGGAACAAGCAGCCAUUCGAAUUGAGUCUGGACAACUCCACGUUGCUAGGCAGGAGAAACAAAAUGGUAGCAGCCAACCCGAAUGAGCCAUCUAAAUUGAGAGAGGAGCUGAGUGUGAGAUGA